CCAACAUCCUCUAAGAUGUUUAUAUGGACCAGUGGCCGGACCUCUUCAUCUUACAGACAUGAUGAGAAAAGAAACAUUUACCAAAAAAUCAGGGACCAUGACCUCCUGGACAAAAGGAAAACUGUCACAGCACUGAAAGCAGGAGAGGACCGGGCCAUUCUCCUGGGACUGGCCAUGAUGGUGUGCUCCAUCAUGAUGUACUUUCUGCUGGGAAUCACACUCCUGCGCUCAUACAUGCAGAGUGUGUGGACCGAGGAGGCUCAGUGCACCUUGCUGAAUGCAUCCAUCACGGAAACAUUCAACUGCUCCUUCAGCUGUGGUCCGGACUGCUGGAAACUCUCUCAGUACCCCUGUCUCCAGGUGUACGUUAACCUGACUUCUUCUGGAGAGAAGCUCCUUCUCUACCACACGGAAGAGACAAUGAAAAUCAAUCAGAAGUGCUCCUAUAUACCUAAGUGUGGAAAAAAUUUUGAAGAAUCCAUGUCCCUGGUGAAUGUUGUCAUGGAAAACUUCAGAAAGUACCAACACUUCUCCUGCUAUUCUGACCCGGAAGGAAACCAGAAGAGUGUCAUCCUAACCAAACUCUACAGUUCCAACGUGCUGUUCCAUUCACUCUUUUGGCCAACGUGUAUGAUGGCUGGGGGCGUGGCUAUCGUUGCCAUGGUGAAACUCACACAGUACCUCUCCCUGCUCUGUGAGAGGAUUCAACAGAUCAAUAGAUAA